UGUAGAUGUGACAACAGCCUGCAAGUGAAACAAGAACAAAAACUGGCGGCUGACACAUGCACAGCAAAAAAAAAUAUUGGCCGUGAAAAGGUGCAGCCCAUUUUUUGGUCCUAAAGCUCCUAAUGAUCAUCUGGAUCUGUGUCUGUGGAUAUCAUAUGUGCAGAGGCGGUGACUUGUUGGAGAUCAGAAGAGGGCAACAGUGCAGAAAAAGGUGUUGGUUUGAACUGGCACCAUGCUCCGACAGUCCCUGAGCAUCCUCAAGCAACUGGGCUCGGCUGGGAAGUCAAAUGAUGCUGCUGAGCUCUUACAUGAAGACCUUAUACGGGUGGACCAGCGUGUGGAACCAGCAAAAAAGGCUGCUCAGAUCCUCCAUAAGAAGCUGCUGGGCUGUGUGCAAAGUCAGACCGGAGUAGAUGCCGAGAGACGCAUGAAGAAGCUACCCCUGAUGCAGCUGUCCGUUGGGAUGGCCGAGUGUCUCAAAGACUUUGAUGCAGAGUCCUCCAUCAGGAGGGUGUUGGAAAUGUGCUGUUUCAUGGAGAAGAGACUGGCCAACAUGCUGGCAGAGUUUGAGAUGAAAGUGGAGAAGGACGUCCUGGAGCCACUCAACAAGCUCAGUGAGGAAGAUUUACCAGAGAUCCUCAAGAACAAACAGCAUUUUGUGAAGCUGACACGAGACUGGAACAACGCACGGAUCAAGAGCCAGACGAGCACGGGAGCCCAGGCCAAGCAGGAGGGGCUGAGGGAGGAAGUGGAGGAGGCCUGGAGGAGGCUGGAGAGCAUCAAGGACCAGUACUCAGCAGAUCUCUAUCAUUUUGCCACUAAAGAAGAGGAUUACGCAAACUACUUUAUUAGACUUCUUGAACUCCAGGCUGAAUACUACAGAAACUCCUUUGAAUUCUUGGAUAAAAACAUCAGCGAGCUCAAAGAGAAUUACACUCACAAAGCCCCGUCCUCCGUCUCCAACCAGCGAGUUUAUGGGGAACCUCUCCUGUCCCAUCUGAAUCAAAGCCAGAGAGAAAUCGCUGCCCCCAUAGAAGAAUGCAUCCACAUGUUACUCAGAACAGGAAUGAAAGAGGAGGGUCUUUUUCGUCUGGCGGCUGCAGCUUCAGUGGUCAAGAGACUGAAAACCUGUCUAGACCAGGGCAAAGUUGACCACAGUGAAUUCAGCAUGGACCCUCAUGCUGUAGCUGGAGCUUUGAAGUCCUACCUGCGUGAACUUCCUGAACCCCUCAUGACCUUUGAACUCUACAGCGCCUGGUUCAAAGCAGCAGGUGAAAAAGAACUGACAGAGAAAUUAAAGCAGUUCAGAGAAUUGCUGACAAAAUUGCCACCGGAAAACUACAACAAUCUCAGAUACUUGGUCCAGUUCCUGUCGCUUCUAUCAGAGCAGCAAGCUGUAAACAAAAUGACGCCCAGUAACAUCGCUAUUGUCUUGGGACCCAACCUUUUGUGGCCUUUAGCUGAAGGGGAGGCUGCCCUGUUUGACAUGGCCUCAGCUUCUUCAGUCCAAGUGGUCACAGUGAUAGAGCCUCUCAUUCAGUACUGCUCCCAGCUGUUUCCAGAAGUUGUGUCUUUUGAGAUCCCAGACGUCCCAGAGUGUCCAGAGGCGUCCCUGCCUGCUCCCUCUUUACUCUCUGAAAAGGAGAAACUGUACAGAACUUUCUCCUCCACCUCCUCCACUGCGUCCUCCUGCUCCUCCUAUCACACGCCGCUUUCAAAAACAAACAGCACUGCCUCUCAGGACAGUACGAGCUUCUUCCUCAUCAAAUCAGGAUCCGUCAGUCGUAGUGGUACAUCUACAUGGGCUAGUCCCACACCAGAGACGCCACAGAUCGCGGCCUCCAGCUCCUCUCCCGCACAGAGCCCUAGUCCUGCUCUGACCUCAACCUCCUCAUCCUCUUCCUCCUCAUCACCAGGCCACAUCCCUCCUCCUCCUCUCCGAACGGUGGUACCCAACAAGAGUCCCACCCAGAAGCAGGGCUCAGAGCAGGGGGUACUGGAGCCCAUCCUGGAGGGUCCACCAGACUCGCCCAAAGCCUUUGUCAAGAUAACAACACCCUAUAAACCCAAACGUUCCUUCAUGUCUAAAACUACCCAGCAGAAUGAGCACCCAGUUGCCCAGUUUUCCAAACCGAGAGCUCCGGCGGCCCCCAGGACCCAAGCACCCGGCCCUCCCGCUCCCUCCGCGGCCCCUAACCCCUCCACGGCCCUCGAUACCCCCCCACAGAACAGUCGGACUCAGCCUCUUCCACCACCUCGAGCUCCAGGAACCGCCCUCAAAAAACCAGCACCAAAGAAGCCCGGAAUGAAAGCUCCCAGCUGCCCUCCUCCUCUCCCUCCACCAUCACAGGCCAAAGAGGUUCCUUCUUGAGCCCAAUGA